AUGGUGCUUGUGGGCUCCACAUCCGAGGUGUCCCAGCCAAGUGCCAGCGAGUGCUCCGGUGCUGCGAAUGGCUUUGUGCAAUGCCAGCCCAAGCCCGGCAAGCCCGUUGGUUUGGAAGUUACAUGCCAGACCGGGCCAAAUUGCUUGCCCGAGUGUAUCGGGAGCCAAGUCGGCAAAGAGGGCGACGAUUGCGCCCUGCAGUCUUUGACGGAAUGUGAAGGUCAUUACGUCCGGCGAGGGUCGCGAGCCGUGCAGUGCAAAGUGAGCAGGGGCGGCAACCCAAGUGGAGCUGACAUAUGUGAGAACUCUUUCCUUUGCGGGACGUGA